CACAACCACAAACUGACGAAGGAGCUGUAUGAUCAGUAUGCGUCGGUCCGGACAGCCAUCGCACCCGCCGUUCUCCAAACGGUAGAUGUGUUACGAAAGGCUGGCGCAAAGAAAUCUGGCAUUCGCAAAAACAUCCUCGAUAACACUGACUGCAAGCCCACCAACCGCGACGUGCACAACCUCGUGCACAGGCUGAAGAAGCGAGAGAACGCUUUAGGUCGGACGACAAGUGCUCAACGGCUGAAGGCUUGGAUGGCUGAGUUUGGAGAAGCGGACGGAAAUGUUGGCCGCAUCUUUAUCGAUAGGUCUGGUGAAAAGGUA